AUGGUUGUCGCCGGUACAAUUUCACGCGUUCAAAGGAUGAUUGAUCGCGUUAUAACCCCUGAACAGAGAUCCCAGUCCUAUGGGAUCGUCUCCGAGUUCUUUCAGGAACAACCUCUUAUUGCUACAUUCCUCCUCGCAACCCUGAGCAUCUCUCUUGUGCCUCUCUUCCUCUUUACAACAUUCACCCUCUCGGUCCUCGCGUUCUCCUUUAUCUCUGCUAUCCUCUUCUCUUUCUUCUGGAUCGGAAUUGCUUUGCUCUUACUUGUGCCAACUCUCUUCGUUACUUGCGGAUUGGGAAUCGUGGUGUGGGUAUGGGCUGUUAGUUCAUGGGUUCUGGCAAGAUGGCUCUAUGAAUUUGUGCCUGCGAGUAAUGGGGCGGGAGAAUUGAGAUUUCCGAACGGGAAGAGAAUGGUGGUUAAGAAGGAGGAGGGGGAGGUGCCAAGAGCGGAAAUUAGAAAUGGGAUUUGACUGCGCGAUGCUAUGAACGUAGAGAAUGAAGAUGGGACGCGGGGUUGGGAGAAAGGGUGGUAAAUAGGUAAUCAGGCGGACUUGGAGUGGCGGAGUACAUUGGCUGUAAGACUAGAAACUUGGGAUCAUGGUAAGGGAUAGAUGGAUGGGGCGAACGGGUUACAUAUAAAUGGCAUAUUUGGGACAUUUUUAUUCAACGCAACACGGAUGAGGUUCUUUCAGUCAAUUUCUCCUGGAAUUGUUUCUUUUGCAUUGUUUCUCAUCUUCUUCUUUAGCCUGCAAGAGCUGUUGACUUCUGCCCAAAGGAUCGAAAGCAAGAUCUACAUGCCAGUGCAAAGGACGAUGUGUCUAUAUGAAUUCAUAGAAAAAGAAUGUUCGCUACUCCCUCGCAUUGAUUCCUGAACAUCGUCCAUCAGAUCGAUUUCCUCUCAUGUUAUCCUUCUUUGUAAAGAAAGUCGGAAAGUAGGAUAGCAAAACGGAUCAAAUUUGUGUAUAAAGAAAAACGUACAGGAAAUAAAUUGUAUAGAUAGAAAAAGAUAUAGAUCGAAGCACGGAA